AGCCUGCACGAGUUCAAAACUCCACCGGAGUCUUCAUCUGCUGCGAAUUCUCCCGUCUUACCAGCGAAAACUGUUAAAAAUGUGGAAUUUGCGAAAUCAUCAACUGAAGUUCCAGUAUCUGCUCCAUCCGCAGCUUUGCCAGAAAAUGGAGAAAGAGAGACACCGCAAAAGGCUGGACCAGUUCAAGAUGUAACUCCAGCAACUAUCCCACCACAAAAACCACCAGAAGAGGUGAAAGUUACACAAAUUGAGCAAGCAAGUACGAAAAUGCAUCUUGUUAUUCCAUCACAUAUUCAGGAAGUUGCAGAAGAACAGAAGAACAAGAUUGAGCCUUACCUUUCAACCGUGAUUCGACCUGUGACACCUUCUGGUCUCCUUCCUACACCUACAGUCAUACCCAAAGACACAGUGUCUACGCCAAAGCAGCAGACAAAAUCUCCAGCUGUACUUCCAUCAGCAGUUUUAGUAACCGAAAAAGAAGGAAAGCAGAAGAAAACAUUGGAAGCAAUACCGUCCACUGUGGGCACCGUAGAACAAGAGCAAUCAAAGAUUACGAAACUGCCUCAAUUACAAGCAAUCCCAGCAAUUCCUUCUACUUCAGUAAGUGAAGAAGAGAAUGAGCCGCAUAAAGUUGAGUUUGAUGCUCUAAAGGAGGCAAGGAAUGUAGUCACUGCAACUACUCGUCAAAUCGUGAAGAAAGAAAAAGUGACGAACUUGCCUAUGCGAACUGUUAGUCCUACUAUUCCUUUACCAAGCAGGGCAGAAGAAGAGAAACCGAAAGAAACUAAAGUACCCGUCUCACCUGCAGUAUCAGUUGUAACGCCACUAAAAGAGCCUGCACCAGUUUUUGCUAUUCCUGUUAGUCCUACUAUUCCUUUACCAGGCAAGGCAGAAGAAAAAAAGCCGAAAGAAACUAAAGUACCUGUCUCACCUGCAGCACCGCCACUCAAAGAGCCUACAAAAGUUUCUGCUAUUAAAUCCGUUGCUCUGCCAGGGAGCGCAGAAGAAGAAGUGAAACCGAAAAAAGUUGAACUGCUUUCUACACCUUUCGUGCUGGUUGCCGAAAAGAAGCAUACGAAGCCGGAUAGUGAACAAGGAGCAGAUUCGACAUUUCGGUACACAAUCCGUUCUGAAGGAUCACAAGAAAGCGAAGAAGAAGAAAAG